CUCUACCCAACGAUUCCACCACCACCACUCUCCAUCCGCCGCUCGUCCUCCCUCUCUUCCUCCGUCACCGUUCAACAGCUUUUCCCUCUUCGUAUCUCUCUCUGUUAGCGCAUGAUUUUGCUUGAACGAGAUCAAAAUUCUCAAGAUUGUCUUAGUUUUUGGCUGCUUCAGUUUUUUUAUGGCGUCAUCCAGCAAUACACCUAGCACUCGUGAAGAUGAAGAUCAAGACGAGGAGUUUGAAUGCUUUGAUGAUUUCACUCUUGCCUCUUCGUGGGAAAGAUUCAUAUCUGAAAUAGAGGCUGUUUGUCGGCAAUGGUUGGCAGAUGGUCCAAAAAAUUUGUUGGAAAAAGGUGCUGUUCAUUUGGGUAUCUCAAAGAACUUGUAUAAGGUCAAAUCUGAGCUGAAAUAUGUGAUGAAAAGCUAUUGCAUGGAGUACUACUUUGAAACCAACAAGGGAAAAGUUGCAGAUUGGAAUAGCACUUUGCAUGAUCUGCAAUUGUCUUUUGGGGUGAAAGAAUUUCUGGUGAUUGCACCUCAAAGUGCCAGUGGAGUGAUUCUUGAUGCGCCAGAGGCUAGCAAGCUUUUAAGUGCAGUGGCCAUCGCUUUGUCAAAUUGUUCCAGUUUGUGGCCAGCAUUUGUUCCAGUGCAUGAUCCUUCUCGGAAAGCUUAUAUUGGUAUCCAGAAUAUGGGGACUGUUUUUACGAGAAGAUUUGAGGCAGAUCGUAUUGGUAGCCAGGUUCCCGUUAAGCUCAUGCAUUUGGAGGGAUUGUACGAGUUGUUUAUUUCUAAGUUUGCUUUCUCCACAUUGGACCUUUCAAUGCAUCUUUUCAAAGUCCAGUUUUCAAUGAAGCUAACCUACAGAACCAUUCCCUAUGAUGAUGACGAUGAAGUGGAAGCAGCUGAUACUGAAACUACUGAAUCUGGUGGGAAUCCUGGAGGUGACACUCAUAACAAAAUGCAAUGGGAUGAUGAUUGUCCUUGGAGUGAGUGGUAUUCUGCAGAGGACCCGGUAAAAGGAUUUGAGUUGACUGCCAUAUGGUCAGAGAAAACAAUUGAAAGCUCUCUGGAUAUGGCUGAAUUGGAAAAUGUUUCUGUCCAUGAAGCUGAGAACUGGUUGAUAUUUCCUAAUUUGUCGCCGAACCUGUAA